GGACGUGACGGUGUGACGAAGAUGGCGGCGCGCAGUGCCUGCUCUCCGGCGGCGAAGGCGCUGGCCUCGGUGGCGCGGCUGUGGCUGUGGGGAGGAGCGGGAGCGAGCCGGGUGCAUCGGAUGAUAUGAGGCAGAAAGUUCACCUCAGCACCUUUGGCAUGUUUAAGAAUGGGUUCAUGAUGGUCAAUGUCAGCAACCUUUCACUGAAGGGACCAUGGAGCCUUGAUGCCAAGAACAACUCAGCAGUGGGAUUCAGUUCAGACUGAACAAGGAAUGAUGGACACUCCACUUGGCUGGUGACAAGUCCAAAAGAAGCAUAACAGCAACUCUGAAUGUAAUGGAGCAAGUGCACCGUUUUCGUGAAGAUAAAGAAACUGUUUCAUUCCAGGUCUGUACAGACUUCGCUUCCCUAAGUGUGUUGGCAGUGUUGUGCAGACCAGUGAUCAGCUCCUAUUUAUCCUCGAUAGAUCAAGGAGAAGAACCCUGAAAGUUACCUCUCAGCGGGUGAGAUCCCACUUCCAAAGCUCUACAUUUCAAUGGCUCUCCUCUUUCUUUCUUUCUGCAACCGUGUGGAUCCACAUCCUUCGUAAACGCAGGCUGAAGGACCUACUGCUAUUCAUCACCAUCGUACUAAUCAGCACUGGCUGGGCUUUCAUUAAACAUCCUUUCAGAUAAAAACAAAAAGGUCUUUAUGAUUGUCAUCCCACUACAGAUCUCAGAUGCCAUCGGGACAUGUAUAGAGCAGGAGAGCUGCGAUGUGAAGCACAGAACAUUGAGUCGUUCACUCAGUUGAGACAGACCAGGAGUCUGGCCCUCAGUACCCAUCUGCUCCAGUCAACAGAAGAGGCAACAACAGCCCAUGGGCUGUAGAAACGAUUUCUAUUCCUGGUAGACCUACUGUGUUGUGGAGCCAUCCUACUUCCAGUAGUAUGGUUUCUGCUACCCUGGCUGCACACUUACUAUAAAAUUCCCCCUAGAGAGAGAAAACAAACAAACGCCUUAGAGUUAUCUACAAAAUUCACAAAAAGUCACUUCUUCAUAAAUUAUUACGUGCCAGGAAAACAUCAAGAGAAACAGAGUCUCAAGAACACAGGCAAGGGAAUGUGGGAGAAGGAAUAUGGGUCUUCAAAACAAAAAAAUGCUACAGUGCUAUAGGCAGUAAAUCUCAUUAAUGGGACUUUGCAUCAAGCUAGAAGUAUAGUGACAAUAAUAAUCCCAUUUAUUUACAUAGCUCCGAAUGUAUCCUUGCCACUUUCCAAUAAAACAAAGGCAGAUUCCUCAUUGGCAGAGGGCGGAUCGAAGGACCCAAUCAGUUUCUUCCAUCCCUAACUUCUAUGAAUCUCAGAUAAAUACAUGACUUUGAAGAGAGCGGAGUGGGGGAAUCUCCGAUCUCCAUUAGACACUCAGCUCCAAGUUCGAGACAAGCGUUUUCUCUCCAGGCUCCAGAGGAAGGAAAUCAGUGCAUCUGCAGAGAAAGAGGAAGCCAUUGAGUUCUUUGGAAUGAAAAUGUUAUUGGGUUGUGGGUUUUUUUAGAGGAUUGAUCUAAAAAGGAAAGUGAGGAGACAAGAAAGGGAGACAUAAGACAUUGGCCUGCUGCUGUCUGACUGGCAGAUUCCAGUUAACACCUUAUCAGCAGAGCAGCAGGCAGCAGCAAAUCCUCCUCUGCUGAAGCUGCACAGCUAAAGAAAGAGGGGAGGGUGUUCAGUAACCAGGGACGACAACAGCAACACUCCACAGUGCUAUCGGGAGGAUAGAGGGAGAGACGCACACACAGAUCCUGCACAAUAACCUUCCUUACCAGGCUGUGCAAGUAAGGGCAGGGGAGGAAAAACAAAUCAACCUGCAGUGUUUAAUUUUUUAUUAAGAGAAACCAUGACCGAAAUGUAACCACGGUUCUGGUCGCUGCAAAACAAAACCCGAACCCCAAGGCCCUCUCUCCAAGUGGAAUGUAGCAGUUCUGUUUAUUAGCGUUAUUCUUCAGUUGAAGAGCGGGGUAAAAUCCUCAAGGACUGAAAUCCUAUCUCCCGGUAAGGCUGGAGCACCACUAAAACAAAAGCAGUUCUCCCCUCUGCCCCUUAUUCCACUGCUGCUGCUUUUUUGUUUUUUAAAGAAACAUUGUUCUAGGAAGGAGAGGAGAUUGGAAGAAGAACCCAAGGUGAUUUUGAUUUUCUUUUUUAAAGUCAAAGUAAGCCUUCUGAUGACCCCUCAGUGAAAGAGGGGGAGUUACAAGGCAAUAUAGUGAUUGAUGUACUGAGUGAUCUGGAGGAAGAGCUGCUGGACAAUAAUGGGGAAAUCCAACAGCAAGUUGAAGCCUGAAGUUGUGGAAGAGCUGACCAGGAAGACCUACUUUACAGAGAAGGAGGUGCAGCAGUGGUACAAGGGCUUCAUCAAGGACUGCCCCAGCGGACAGCUGGACGCAGCUGGCUUUCAGAAGAUCUAUAAGCAGUUCUUUCCCUUUGGCGACCCAACGAAAUUUGCAACCUUCGUUUUUAACGUCUUUGAUGAAAACAAAGAUGGGAGGAUCGAGUUUUCGGAGUUCAUCCAGGCGCUGUCGGUCACUUCUCGAGGGACCCUGGAUGAGAAAUUGCGGUGGGCGUUUAAACUAUACGACUUGGACAACGACGGGUACAUCACGAGGAAUGAGAUGCUGGACAUUGUAGAUGCUAUUUAUCAGAUGGUGGGAAACACGGUAGAGCUUCCAGAAGAGGAAAACACACCUGAGAAGAGAGUGGAUCGGAUUUUCGCUAUGAUGGACAAGAAUGCUGAUGGGAAGCUAACGCUGCAGGAGUUCCAGGAAGGCUCCAAAGCCGACCCGUCCAUCGUACAGGCACUGUCCCUCUAUGACGGACUCGUAUAGUCCCGGCAUCCCAAGCUGAGUUGCCUGGGGGAAGAUUCUUUGUGUGCCAUCAGACCACCUCAGUAAAGAAGCUUGCCUGUCCCUCUCCAGCCUUCCUUCAUGUUAACGAACAAGGGAGGCGCUUGAAGUGUGAGGUCAUCCCCCGCCCCCACUCUGCACUCUGAAUUAACCGUGUCCAUUUGCCAACUUCUGCUUUCUCAACAACAACAACAACAACAACAAAAAGGGGAAAAAAAACAAGAA